AUGGUUUACUACUUCACCUCCAAUGUUGUAGAUCCCCCGGCGUUCAUCUAUGUCGGCAAAGACAAAGUCGAGAGUACUCAGCUUCCCCGCCCCCCGAGUAACACGUCCAGGAUAGCUAACUGGACACAGAUGAGGAGCUGGUAAAGUAUGGUUUCAGGGAAGAUAUAUGGUGAGCAUGGGAUAAAUAUGCCUAUUUCCUCCCCUUGAUUAUGCUAACAUUGAAGUCUAGGGUUCGUUGAUCAUCGUCCCUCUCAAAGUUCAACCUCAUGGUGCGCUAAUCGAGCCCCAAGUUUCACGCAGACAAACUCUCAUCGGCACAUAUAUACCUUCGCCUCCCGGAAGGAAGCGAUUGGGAGAGUGUCCCGCAAGAUCUCCUAACCGAUUGUGCACAGCUUACAAAAUCCAACUCCAUUGAAGGUGUGAGUCCCGCUCCCACCUUCGUAUCUUAUCUGCUGCAACGGAAGGGAAGCUAAGACUAGAUUAUAGGAAACAAGAAGGAUAACAUCAACGUUGUCUACACACCCUGGUCGAACCUCAAGAAAGAUGGCAGCAUGGCCGUCGGACAAGUCAGUUUCAAAGACCAACGCAAAGUAAAAAAGAUUCUAGUCGAGACUCGAAUCAACGCCAUUGUCAACCGGCUGAAUAAGACGAAAGAGGAGCGGUUCCCAGAUCUGGCAGAGGAGAAGGAAGAGCGGGAACGGGAAAUUCGGAAUCGGGAGAAUAAGGCGAUGCUUGAGCGGGUAAGAAGAAUUCCCCGCCACCCCCUCCUCCCCUAGACUCCAUACUGGGCCCGGGAUACAUACGGGUGGGAUAAUUGCUGAUUGUAAAUAAACAACUCACAGAAAAAAGAAGAGGCGAGAGUCGCGAGAGAACACAGGGAGAAAGCCUGGCAGAAGGACCAUGCUUACGAUGACGUCUUUACUGAGGAUGCUCUGGAAGCAAGCUCGAAUCAGAAUAGGGAUGCUGGGUUCUAUGAUGAUUUCUUGUAAAUGGAAGAGUCGUUACGGAACAUGUUCCCAAUUCUAAUGGCCCAUUUCUAGGCCGUAUCCCCUCGCAAGUUGGGUUAUAGGCAGCUGCAGAGCGGUUUGAUCUGUCCUCCUUGCGGCCAACACAUCCGUGGUGUGCCAUUAUAGACCCAGAACCGUAAAUAGCCGACAGGUUCCUGGGUUUAAGGUGACAUGUGUCUACUAGUACACUAAUGGUGGAUAUGUUUCCCUCAAAAUCUAGAUUUCUCGGCUGUCCCCGUGCUCUCAUAUGCUCGCCAAAGGGGGCUUAGGCGUGGUCGGAAGCUUUGAAGAGACUGCUAUCGGGUGGUGCUGUGCUUACGAAUAUAUAGAGAGAAGCCUAGGGCAAUGGGCAAAACACAAGAGAACUUGGUGACCAGU